AUGUCCAAGGCAUUCGAAGACAAGUUUGCGUCUUCAUGGGACGAAAAAGCUCAACAAAAACAACCAAAGGCACCUCUAUCAGACCAGGAACGAGCUGAACGACUCGCUAUAGAAAACCAGCUCAUUCAUCUGGUAAACACAUCCCACUCCCGUCCCGUCCACGUAUCCGCAAUCCGAAUCCAAGGAGCAAACCGCACACAACCUUCCCUCAUCGAACACCACAUAAAACCAAUUCUCGACUGUGCUACUGUAGGAGACGCGAUUCUCACUGCUCAAGCUGCCUGUCAACAGUUAUCACGGCUAGGCAUAUUUGAACACGUGGGGCUUGUAAUUGAUUCUCCUCAAGAUGUGUAUGCCGGCACGAUUAGUGGCAAGGAGUCUAUGGAUGUCAUUAUAGAGGUCAAGGAGACAAACCGUGUGUUUGCAAAGACCUAUGCGGAUUUUCAGAAUGAUCAGGCUAGAUCGGGAGUCUCAGGCAAACUCAGAAAUCCAUUUGGCUAUGGUGAAAUUAUAGAAGGGUUUUGGCAAAAGAAUAUAGAUGCUAGCUUAGAAAAGGCUCCUGGUGAUUUAUUAAAAGAUAUGACAUCGUCUUAUCAGGUCGAGAUGUCUGCACCCGUCAACGCUGAUCCAGAUACACGUACAAAUGUUGGGCUAUUCAAUCUCAACAGAUCAAAAGAGUUGUUUAGUUCGCAUUUUGAGAAUGUGACGGGUGCAUUUGCCAGAAUCAAGUUUCUAUCGCCGCUGGGUCAGCAUGAUUUAGCUUACGAAGGUGCGAUUCGUCACAUCCAUAGUCUGUCCGACAAAGCUUCGUUAAAUGUGAGACAAGAUGCCGGCCAUUCACUAAAAUCAGGAAUAAGUCAUUCAGUCGUACGAGAUACCCGUGACGACGUGACAAUACCAACACGCGGAUACUUUAUUCGAUUAUACAAAGAGCUCGCUGGAUUAGGUGGUGAUGUGAAAUACGUCAAGGGAGAAAUCGAUGCACAAUAUAGCAUUCCCAUUUUCUCUGGUCUGCAUAUGACUGCAACUGCUAGAGGAGGUGUACUACAGCCACUUGGAGGUGAUAGGACACGAAUCAAUGAUCGAUUCUUUCUUGGUGGUAUGACUAGUGUGCGCGGGUUUACAUAUAAUAGUAUCGGACCUCGUGCUGGAAAUGACAAUAUUGGGGGUGAUGUGUUUUGGAGCGCUGGACUCAGUUUAAUAUCACGUCUCCCUGGUCGCCUCAAUUAUGAUCCAUUGAGACUACAUGCUUUUGUUAAUGCUGGUAGUGCGUCCAUGCUCGACAAACAAGCCAGUAUGGCAUCCAACAUCAAGACAGCAUUCUCAGCACCUACAUCAUCAGCUGGACUGGGACUGAUUAUGCAAUUCAGUAUGGUGCGACUUGAAUUGAAUUACUGUUUGCCUGUGACUGUCACUGCGUCGGAUACGUUCAAGAAGGGGUGGAAUUGGGGAAUUGGGUUAUCUUUCAUGUAG